UUCUGGCUGGAGCGUUAUUGGAACAGGCGGAGCAAUUACUAGAUCGUGGUAUUCACCCUAUCAGAAUAGCAGACGGUUAUGAGCAGGCAGCCCGCAUUGCUAUUGAGCAUCUAGACAAAAUCAGUGACAGCUUUCCAGUUGAUCCACAGAACAUUGAGCCUCUGAUCCAGACAGCAAAGACAACACUAGGCUCUAAAGUAGUUAACCGUUGUCACAGACAAAUGGCAGAAAUUGCUGUAAACGCUGUACUGACAGUAGCAGAUAUGGAACGUAAAGAUGUUGAUUUUGAGCUGAUCAAAGUACAAGGCAAAGUGGGAGGUAGACUGGAAGAUACACAGUUGGUUAAAGGAGUGAUUGUGGAUAAAGAUUUCAGUCACCCACAGAUGCCUAAAGAACUUAAGGAUGCUAAAAUUGCAAUUCUUACUUGUCCGUUCGAACCACCUAAGCCUAAAACCAAGCAUAAGCUUGAUGUCACGUCUGUGGAAGAUUACAAGGCACUGCAGAAAUAUGAAAAGGAGAAGUUUGAAGAGAUGGUGAAACAGAUAAAAGACACUGGUGCAAACCUGGCUAUUUGCCAGUGGGGUUUUGAUGAUGAGGCAAAUCACUUGCUGCUCCAGAACGAGCUGCCUGCUGUUCGUUGGGUUGGUGGACCUGAAAUAGAAUUAAUUGCCAUUGCAACUGGAGGACGCAUUGUUCCUCGCUUCUGUGAACUCACGGCAGAGAAACUGGGUUUUGCGGGUAUUGUCCGAGAGAUCUCCUUUGGAACAACGAAGGACAGAAUGCUUGUCAUUGAACAGUGUCAGAAUUCCAGGGCUGUGACCAUUUUCAUUAGAGGAGGAAAUAAAAUGAUUAUUGAAGAAGCAAAGCGAUCUCUUCAUGAUGCAUUGUGUGUAAUCCGGAAUCUUGUUCGUGAUAAUCGUAUUGUAUAUGGCGGUGGUGCAGCUGAAAUUUCUUGUGCCUUGGCAGUCAGUGAAGCAGCAGAUAAGUGCCCAUCUUUGGAACAGUAUGCUAUGAGAGCUUUUGCAGAUGCCCUGGAGGUAAUUCCCAUGGCACUUUCGGAGAACAGUGGUAUGAAUCCAAUACAGACUAUGACUGAAGUGCGGGCUAGGCAAGUGAAAGAAAAUAAUCCUGCCCUUGGCAUUGAUUGUUUGCAGAAAGGAACAAAUGAUAUGAAGCAGCAGCAUGUUAUAGAAACCUUGAUUGGUAAGAAACAGCAGAUUUCUCUGGCGACCCAGGUUGUUAGAAUGAUUCUGAAGAUUGAUGAUAUCCGUAGGCCUGGAGAGUCUGAAGAGUGAAGGUUGAAAAGCAAGAAACAUUAAGGGGGCCACAGCAGUAGCGAAGACGGUAGUAUUCUGAUGCUUCAUCUUCAGCUAUUUAUUUUGGACACUUUUUGUUUCAGAUACUGUAAUGGCUAAUUGUUGGAAAUAAAACACAAUUUAGCACUGGUGGUUUCAA